AAAGACAAGUGAUUAAAAUUUUCAUUAUGAAUUCUCGCUAUACAGGGCGAGUCUAAUAAAUACGAUCCAGUUGCCAGGAGCCUUACAGAAAGACCUUGAAACACGCUUGGGAGAAGACGGGUACACCUUUUCAAAUAUGGAGAAAUCGCAACUACAAAAGACAGUCGAAAGUUUAAAACAUCAACUACAUAUAACAAGGAUCCCCAUGUCAAAAGCGUGCACGGAGUAAGUAUAUAUAGCAAUACAUGUAAACACAAGGAAAAUUUUUCGAUGCUAUUGUAUUUUACGGCUGGUCCUUAGCGAAUUUCAACACAAUCCAAAUAGCUUAGCAUUUGGCAGAUCUUUAGUUUAAAGCGAGAAUUGAAAAUAGUUCGUGAAAUAUAAGAUAGAGGAUAUAAUAAGAGGAAAGAAUAUAUACAAUAGACGGAGUUCAAUCGUGCAUCACGUCCUUGCAACCUUACACGCUGUUGUCUGUAAUAUUUCGCUAUGCAUUUUACAAGGCCAUUUGCCAUGCUGAAUUUGGGAAGGUUUUAGCGCUGUGAGGUUUAAUAGAUCUUCUUUUUAUAAGGCUAAAAACCCCAGCGAUAUUUAGUGUAUCUAAACGAGUAAAGCAAAACACUGGCUUUGUAUUAAGCCGAAACAAUCAAUGGAUGCAAAUGAGUCAUUUUAAUCAUUCGGGUUUUCUGUUUUUACAAAAUGUCUCUCUGUGCCAUAAAAAUCUCCCAAAUUUAUCGCGCUUCAUCAGAGGAACAAUCGGUGCAUAUUCCGAACGCAUUUUGGGAUGUUUCUGUGUAUUUUUUUUGCAAGACAGGUCGCGUAAUAAAAAAGACACCAGACAAGGGACUAUAUAUUAACAUAUAAAUACAUGUUAUUAAUGAUAUAUGAAUGUUCAAUUACUUACAAAAAUUCUAGAAUGACAGCGUAAUAUUUCGAAUAGAUCCAUUUGUGAAAACAAAAUUUUUCGAAAUGCUGUUGAAAAGGAGUUCUUUCAAAAUGCUGCCGAUAAAAAUGCAGCAAAAAUGUAUAGAAUUUAUGAAAUUCAUAUCAAAGUAUAUAUAUAUAUUCUUCAUAUUAGAUUUUGAGCAUAGACUAAACUGAAGCAAUUAUAAAUAUGACAAGCGUUCUAAAAUAAAAUUGGGUUCGGUUCAGAAUUGUUCAUGUUUUCAAAUCUCUAUGCAUCAGUUGUAAUUUAUGUAAGCACAAAUUUCGAAAUUGAACCGAAUUAAAAUUUUGUUUACAUAACUCAUAAAACAUCAGGAGGAAUUAUUGUUUAUAAAGCUGGACUUCAAAAUGUUAGUGUAUGCGUGUGUUUGCAACAGGAUUGUAACAAUUCGAUACGAAAUUGUAACAUUCCCUAUUCUAAUUUGUUAAAUUGUUGGGAUUUUGACACCGUUGUCGCUGCAUUUCACUUUUGCCUUUUUUUCUGCGAAUGGGGUUCAAUUCCUGCAUUAUACAGUGGUCUGAUUAUAAUUUCACCUCAACUGCAUGAGAAGAGUGCUUCCAGAAUACUGCAUGGAGGUUCUCUUCAGACCUGUAAUAUUUAUAUAUUACUGGGAAAAGAGGGGUGACCCUUACUGGACCUCUAGGGAGAACAGUUUAGACGUGAUAGAGCUAUCCCAGCAUAAAUACAUUUAGUUUAGGUUUCCUCCUGUAGUAACACUGGAUUAAUAAGAGAUGAUCCUUACUGGACCUCUAGGGAGAACAGUUUAGGACUGAUAGAGCUAUCCAGUAUAAAUAAAGUUAGUUUAGUUUAGUUUCCUCCUGUAGUAACACUGGAUCAAUAAGAGAUGAUCCUUACUGGACAUCUAGGAAGAACAGUUUAGAACUAAUAAAGCUAUUCCUUUGGACCUUAAAAUUACUAAGCUAACUUUAUUUAUACUAGAUUUUUACUGGAUAGCUCUAUCAGUUCUAAAUUGUUCUUCCUCAUGGAAGGGCCUUCUUAAUCCAGCUACACCUACAUCAAUACCAUGUCAAAACAAAGACAUCCGGCGUUUUAAGUACAGGAUUUUCGCAACUACCAAGUAUCCUAUUUCCUUGAGAAGUUUAGCUUACCAAAACGGAAACGUCUUCUCACGCAAAUCCAUAGAAAUGGAACAAAACAGACAACUGCUAAGUGAAGGAAUCAUACCCUGCUCACAGAGAAGGCAGACCUAACAAAGUGUUUAAUGUUCCUCGGAUGCUGAACCUGCUUUUUUCAAAUGUUUCUCAAAAGUGGGCAAAAAACCAUGAAAAAUUAAAAUCAUGGAAACUUGAACCGUAACACCCUUAUGUAGCUUAUACAACAGCAGUGCAUGCUUGACUGUAUUUAUUUAUGUUACGUGUCUCAAAUGACAAAUGAAGAAGUCCUUGAGAUUCUCUCAUAAUGUAUGUGUGAAAAUUUUUAAAUGUUCCUCAAGAGUUGAACCUUACUGGACCUCUAGGGGGAACAGUUUAGAACUGAUAGAGCUAUCCAGUAUAAAUAAGGUUAGUUUAGUUUAGUUUAGGUUUCCUCCUGUAGUAACACUGAAUCAAUAAGAGAUGAUCCCUGCUGGACCUCUAGGAAGAACAGAUUUUACAGUUUAGAACUGAUAGAACUAUCCAGUAUAAAUAAAGUUAGUUUAGGUUUCCUCCUGUAGUAACAUUGGAUCAACAAGAGACGAUCCUUACUGGACCUCUAGGAAGAACAGUUUAGAAGAAAUGAUAGAACUAUCCAGUAUAAAUAAAGUUAGCUUAGUUUAGGUUUCCUUCUGUAGUAACACUGGAUCAAUAAGAGAUGAUCCCUAUACUGGACCUCUAGAAAGAACAGCUUAGAACUGAUAGAACUAUCCAGUAUAAAUAAAGUUAGUAUAGUUUAGGUUUCCUUAAAUACAUUAAUAACUAAAUACAAUCUUUUUGCUAAGAUUGCACUGUUUUUUCCAUGUCUGGUGAAAGGUAAUGCAAUGCAAGGAUUUUGCAGAUGGAAUUGCUUGUGUGAAUUAUUAUAAUUUCCUGCCAGAGGGCUUAUAGUUGCAUUUUUCGCAACCGCUCUUGGUUAAGUGUAAUAAAUGUAUAAAGAACACCGGCUCGAAAUUGUGUCGUGCAUGGCAAUUGAGAAGAUCACCACCCACACAAGUGGCAGUUGAGCGCUUGAAAACAAUGACUGUGUGAUGACUCAUAAACAUGGCAUCUGCACAAGUUUGAAUAACGAUCUUAUUGGCGCGUAUCGCGGAUCAAUCCAUCACAGCGCAUUCUAACUUGCUGUUCUGUUGCGAAGGAAAGUCUAGACAAUAUGUCGAAUUAACGAAGUCCUGUUUGGAUUUACUUUACUUAGUGAUAAGAAAGAUCCUUUGUUUCAUUCAGCUUUUGUUUUUUGCAAGGUCGGCGAGGGGCAACCAUGGGCAAAAUGACGAUUGGUGAACACGGGCACCCUGUCCCUCUCGACUCUCCCGCUGACUAUUUUUAAUCGCAAUCAACGAGAGAAUUUGCCAGCAAAUUACUUGCAAGAAAUCGCCGCAUAACUGAUAAAAACGCAAUGCAUGUGAACGAUGUUUAGCUAACUGUUUUUGCUGAGAAAACAAUCGAAAAAUCGUUUAUUUCACAUUUGGUACGUUUUACGAUCGAUGACGACGAUCAGCGGAUAUUGUGCAAGUAGGCGUAUUUCAUUUAGAACAAACAUGAAGCGAUGAUAAACAAUACGAACAUUUUACCGAGAUUUCCGGGCCCCUCUGAGCACUCCGGGUAUUUUGCCCCUUCUCCUCGCCAGCCUUGGUUUUUUGCCGUUUGUGAUGCGGUACACACGCAAGUUGACUAAACUACGUUUCGUAAUUUGUAUAAUUCGAUAUAGUCGAUAUUAUCGAUAUCGAUUUUUUAAUAACGCAUCAGCCUAAAAUCCACACUAUGAAAUUUGCAAUGGACCAUUUGCAUUAUAGACUAAAUUUUGAUCUAGACAAAAAUUUCAUCACAGCUUGAAAGAGCAUCACAAAAUUAGUAAUAUUCCAAAAGUUUCGUUGCGAAAUGUUGUAAAAUGCGGAUAAAAUAGCCUUGCAAAGUUUGCCGUUUUUCAGUCAUUUUGCAUUAAGCCCGUUCUUCACUAGGCGAAUUUGUUCGCGCGAACAGUAAAAAAGUAGGAACUAAUCCAACUUUUUCGCGGCGAAUUUUUUCGCUGACCAAUCACAUUGCCAAGAUUUGUUUUUCGCUUCGCGUCGCGCGAAAAAAUUCGCCUAGUGGAGAACGGGCUUUACGCACGGGAAAUUGACAGCCCAAUCGGGUGUUGGGGCAUCAAUUUCCCGUUUGUCAUAGAAAAUGACUGAAAACGGCAAAUUUCGCAAGGCUAUAUUAUCCGCAUUUUACAACAUUUCGCAACGAAACUUUGGAAUAUUACUAAUUUUGUGAUGCUCUUUCAAGCUGUGAUGAAAUUUUUGUCUAUCAAAAUUUAGUCUAUAAUGGUCCAUUGCACCACUAAAUCCAUACUAUAUCCAUAUAGUAUGGUCUAUAGAAACUGCAAUUAAAUUGGAUUUCCACACUAUUUCGAACGAGGACAUGCUAUUUCCAUAUUAAACACUGUACACUACUUAUAUCCACAUUAAUAAUGUCAAUAUUUUUGUUUAGUUUGAAAGAUUACUGUCAAAAGAAUAUCAAUUCCGACCCUCUGAUCACGCCCGUAGACAAGAAAGAGAAUCCGUGGGCAGAGAAAUCAAAGUGUUCCAUCAUAUAGCAGCAACGGAUGAAGUUGAAUCUUGUACAUAAAAUACAAACUUAGAAAUACUUUUGUUAAAUAGUUUUACGAGAGAUACAGGCCCGGAUUUAGUAGCUGGAUGCAUUUUUACUGUUAGUAAUACUAAUACCAGACUGGUAUCCGAACAUUGAAAAAUAACGUAUACUGCGAAACGAACAGCGCAAAAAUUGGUCAAAGUUGGUGGUUUCUGUAUACGCAGGGUUUUUAAACCAUAACGAUGCGUGACUUUCCGGCUAUAUUUUACAAAUUUAAAUGAAGGAUAUAUAUGUGACUUUCAUUGAAUAAUGUGUAAAUUAUAAAGCAUCUUGCUGUCUUUAGUUAUGAGAAUAGUUUAGAAAAAUAAAAAAAACAUGGGAAAAAAUGAGCGUGGAAGAGUCUGAUGGUGGUGGUCGCGGAAAAUUUCUCGAAAAAAGAGUUAAAAAUAUCGCGAAGCAUGUAGAAUAUUAAUGGUGGUUUAUAGCUUUAAUUAAAGUGCCUAUGACACGAAAUUUCACACCAAAGGUUUAUGGUUGUUGGUUGCAUUGUAAAGAUCACUCAAAAUGACUUGAUAAUUUCUUUUAUAGAAUUUUGG